CAAAGAUGGCGACCCAUAGUUACGGAAAUUGUGUGGAAAACUGGGUUCAGCUAAUAAUUUAGGCCUUUUCUUUUAGAAAUGUUUAUCGAUUGCAACGACAUCAUGUGCAGAUGGGGAAACAUAAAAAGAUAAAACAUGAACAGAACAAUUUUUUCCCGAAGAUAAGCAGCGCUAGCAGAAAACUAGCUGCGAGAAGAUUGGAAAGCUUAGAUACGGGAGGGGUACCACAUUUUAUGUUACACACAAAAACUAGUGGAAGAGAACCGCUUGCCCCAAUCCCUACAAAUCAACCAUUAAGCCUUAAUGGCAGCAAAGGAGAAUCUGUGACUUCUAAUGAUUCAGUGAGCAAGCGUACAUUCGAACAACAGUCACCAAAUCAAAGAGAUAAAAUAUUCAAGGACAAAACUGAUUCAGUUUCAAAUCCAGAUUCUAACACUAUGUCUGGGAAAGCAGAUGUUAAUUUAGAUGAUAACGUUUUCACCUUUAAGCCUAAAGUUAGCAUUGCUAGUGCCAAAAUUGUAGAAAAUCUUGGCACAGAUUUUAUGGCUAGACAGCAGCAACACUUAGAAAGGCAAAGACGUAAUUUGGAACAAGCUAACUCUAUACCAACUUCAUAUUCAAGUGGUCGUCUAUCUCCAGUAAAUAAAUCAGUAAGGAAGCUAAAGAAGAAUAAAGAGAAUGAAGAAAAUGAAAAUUUGAAUUCAACCUCAGAAACAAGUAUAGAAAAUGAAAACACAGAAAAAGUAAAAGAGGAAGAAUCUGAAGGUGACAACAACAUGCCUUUCAUGUUGAAUCGUACUAAAACCACUGUUUCUCCUAACCUUCAACGUUUACUAAAUGCAAGUUGUAUAAAUAUUGGUCCCUAUGCCGCUGGUAAUCCAGACAUGGUCCUGAAAAGACAACAUAUAAAAUUAAAACAACAUCAACUGAAGUCAAAGUCUGGAGGGGACAGUGUGGAUGUGGAUUCUGCAGAGAGAAUGACAGCUAAGAUUAAAUAUUUAAAUCUUGAUGCAGAUGUACAUAGUUCUUUGUCAAGAAGUAAGACCAUGCCAUCACUUAGUCGGCCAAAACUCUCUAAAAAACUGUCCCAUUCACAUGUGGAUGGUAAUGCAGAGCGUCUUCGCCAUGCCAAAGAAAUAGCCGAAAGGGCAAUAAAGAAUCGUAAAGUAUUUACCAUACAAGGAGGUUAUUCUACUGUUAGACAUAGUCUGAGGAAGAGAGGAUGGGUAGAAAAAUUUUAUAAACUGCCAGGCCCACCUAAAAAGACUCCUAGGAAGAAACGGAAGAAAGUUGGAGACGAUGCAGAUGAUGAUGACGACGAUGAUGAUGAUGACGAUGAUGAUGAUGAUGACGAUGAUGAUGAUGACAGUGAUAAUGAUCAGCCAAAAAUUCCACCAUGGGAAGAAGAUGAUGGUAUCUAUGGUAUAAUGUCUCGUAUUGUACGGAAUGUAAACCCAACCUUUAUAUGGGUGUUGAAGAGAGAUAUAAUUGACUAUAGAUUUCUGACAAAAGAACAGAUGGUGAAUCAUUAUUGCAAAGCUGGCUCAUUCACUACUAAGGUUGGUUUAUGUGUAAACAUGAGAAAUGUUCCAUGGUUUGAAGAUGCAAAUCCAGACCAAUUUUAUCCACGAUGUUAUAGACUUAGUCAUGAAGAAGAAAAAAAUGCAUUUAUAGAUGACUUCAGAGAAACUGCCUGUGUGAAUAUACUUAAGAUAAUAUCUAGUCAAAAUAGUAUGAAUACUGUAGAAGAAGUUAAUAAUAAUGAACAAAAUCCUUCUGAAGAAAAGGAUGCUCCACAAACCCCAAAGUCUACUGAUCCUGCCACAGAGACAAAGGAACCAGCUGGCACAGUCUGUAGUAAUCCAGAAUGUACUAGAUCUCGACCUGGUACUACUUCAGAGAAUGUCUGUGUACAUGUACAACCCCAACCUCCUGUAGAUAAACCUAAAACUCCUGCAGUGCCAAGAAUGCCUCCACAACCACCAUUACCUAAAAUACUGAAUAAAAAUAAUAAUAAGAAAAAGAAGAUUUCAGUACCAAUUCAAUGUCUAGAACGUGCCAUGGUUCAAUGUGAGUGGUUGCUGAUAGAACGAGAACAUGAUGAUAUAGAUCUCUCAGGAACUUUUAAAUAUGAACUAACCCAACAGCAGUGGGAUGAACUGUUGAAAUGGUACUAUCAACUUGUUGAUGAGGCAGUUAUUCCUAACAUCCCACAAAAUAUGCUCAAUGAAGUGGAACAAAUGUUGAACCAAAUCAAAAUUAAAAAACCCCAGUUUGAACUUGAUGGAAUUAAGAAUGUAUGGAUUGUAAAACCUGGUGCUAAAUCAAGAGGCAGAGGUAUUGUUUGUUACAACAAAUUGGAAGAUAUGACAAAGUUGGUCAGUAGUCAAGUUGUGAGAAAAGACAAUAAAUAUGUAGUACAGAAAUAUAUGGAGAGACCAUUAUUAAUAUACAAUACAAAAUUUGACAUUCGUCAGUGGUUUUUAGUGACCGAUUGGAAUCCAUUAACGAUCUGGUUUUAUCGGGAUAGUUAUUUACGAUUCUGUUCACAACAAUACACAUUAGACAAUUUUGAUGAAGCUAUACAUUUAUCUAAUAAUGCAAUACAAAAAAAUUAUAAAAAUGGACCAAGAAGUAGUAAACUGCCAAAUGAUAAUAUGUGGACACAUGACCAGUUUAAAGAUUAUAUAAAGUCAAGAAAAUUAGGCAAUCUAUGGGAUGAUGUGAUAUAUCCUGGAAUGAAGAAUGCUAUUGUAUGUGCUCUGUUGUGUACUCAAGAUAUUAUAGAAUAUAGAAAGUCCUCUUUUGAAUUGUAUGGUGCUGAUUUUAUGCUGACAGAAGAUUACCAGCCCUGGUUGAUAGAGAUAAAUUCUAGUCCAAGCAUGGAAAGCAGUACAGCAAUUACGUCGAGACUCUGUGCUAAUGUAAUGGAGGACACGAUGAAAGUUGUGAUUGAUAGAAAGUUUGACAGGAAUUGUGAUAUUGGGAGAUUUGAAUUGGCAUAUAAGCAGCCCCUGGUAACAGUGCCCCCAUACAUAGGGAUGAGUCUGGCAGCAGAGGGACAAGCCAUUAAGAAACCAAGCUUCAUAAGGCGAAGCAUACAGGACAGUAACCAUGGUAAUAAUGAGUCUGCGUCCACCAAUGCAAACUGUACUCCACGUAGACAGCCAUCUAAUGCUGUGACGUUUAGUAGACGUCCCCAGAGUGAAAAUUUGGACCAGAGCAGUAACAAGCAUGGGUCCAACUCUGCUCCUGUCAAACUUGGUAAGUCAGCAACUGAAAAUCGUGUCAGUCAGUCUAAACAAUCAUCACAACAACAGACUAAACCUAUUGUCAACAACACAGAAAAAUCUUCCAGACCAGAGAAGUCAUCCAGUUACACAAUACGUUCCAGUAGCCACUCGGAUGUUGUCAAUGUCAAAGCAAAGGAACAGAAUAUACCUCCUUCCCCACCUGUGCCAAAACUGGAGAAGUCUGCGGCUAUUCCAACUGCUAGCAUUAUGCAUUAUACUCCAACCAGAAUGGUUUCUAAUACGUCUUGUUCAACAACAAAUUACUCCAUUCCAAACUUAGGUGACAAUAGGCCAAACCUUACCGUAAACAACGUUGAGUCUACAGACUUAAAGACAAUCAAACCAGCAUUAUCGUCGAGUACAAUCACAUCUAAAGGUUUAAAUCCCUUCAUCGAUGGUAGCUGGGCUAGGACAUGUUCUCAAUGUGGAGGUGGAAUGAAUUUACGUCUAGAAAACUAUGAUCCUAAUUGUAAAUGUCGGCAAGACAGUGUGUAUUUUCCAUCUUCAAAAUCUCCUACUGGUAGUGUAAGAGGCUUUCAUCCAAAGAGACCAAAAAGUAGCUACACUUCACGUCCAGCUAGUGGUAACUCAGUUAGCGGACGUGGGUCUGCUUCUAAUCUUGCUAUUACUUCUGCUCGUAAUGAUAAGACCUUAUUGCGCUAUACAGAUGGAGGAAUUCAGAGACCUAAUUCACCACAGUUAUAUGUUGGUGGUAGUCCACUUCCAAAAAUUGUAAGACGGUAUAUUGGUCGUCGAACUAUGCCUUGUCAUGAACUAUCUUCUGGGUAUCCUUCAACUUCAUCUAUAUACAUUGACACAUCUCAGAUUCGUAAUCCAUUAUCCAUUAUAUCACACGGUAUAGGGAACAGAUGAUAUAGGAAACCAGUAUGAAUGGUCUCCCUUUUCAUGAACUGAAGGUUCACAAGUGAACCGAUAAUAAGUAUGAACUGCACUUGUUUUGAAAUGAAGGUUCACAAGUGAAUUGUGUUUUUUCUUAUGUGAUAAGUCAUUGCUAGUCACAGAUUUUUUCUCAUAAAAGUUUUUUUUAAAUGUAAUAAGAACAGUUAAACAAAUGUUUGUUUAUAUGAUUUAAGCAAGUUCAAUUUUGAAAGAGUGCUUUAUUGCCUUCUUUUAUAAACGGAAAGUUUUGUACAGAUCUAAUCAACUUUAAGAACUGUUUUAACAUGUUUUCAAAGAAAUAAUUUGUUUCUUAAGUUAAGUAGGAAUAGCCCUAUAAGUGUAUACAUUUUGUAUCUAAUUGAUCCCAGCUAUCAUGUUUCUGUAACUAUGCGAUCAGUGUUUGAAAGAAAAGAUGAAGGAUUUUUGUAUUCAAUUUUGUAAUAUCUUUGUAUGGCAUUGAAGAUUUAAAAUAUAAUUUUGUAAUGGUAUACGUUUCAGUGAGAAUUCCAGAGAGAUUUUUAUUUUUGUCAUAAAAUGUCUGUGAUUUAAGUUACCUCAGGCUAAGAUGAUCUCAGAAAACUGUAUUGUGCCAAGAAAUAAAAUUGAGAUCCAUAUUGCUUUCCAUUGGUUCUGAUUGUUUCUCUUCUCCUGCUUUUAUGUCGUCUUACACAAAGAAGGGAUGGAUUUAGGGUGUUUGGCAUACUAGCAAAAAUUUGGAAGUUGGAAAUUUAUGAACCUUUUUUAAAAUACAAAAAAAAAAUGAUAAAUUAGUAACGUGCCUUCAUAUGUUUAUCAAACAUUUUUAUGCCUCUUUAAUUUAGAUUUGCAGAAUGAAAUUUUUUUCCUAUCAAAACUUCAAAGAAAUUAUGAGGUCUAUGUUUAUUCCAUGUUUUAAAGUUGUUUAGACCAAUUAAAAAGUGCUUUGUUAAUUUCAUAUUUAAGAUAUAUUGAAAUAUUUCAAAAAAAAUGUUUAUAUUAUCCUCGCUUACUUAUAACUGGCCAUAUCUGCAUUUAUUAUUAAAAGGGUCAAUUUUAACAAUGUUCAUAUCAAGAAAAAAAUAUGUGAAGGACAUUUUAUGACCCAUAUAUCAAUAUGUUAUGAUUUGUGCCAAACAUUUUUUCUGCUCAUUGUUUUAUUUGUUGUAGAGGUUCCUUUUGAUAUGUUUAUCUAUACACUGUAACUAUUAUAUAUCUAAUUGUUGAAAACCUUAGCUUGUGUUGUUGGGCUGCUGUCUCUUUGAUGGAUAUCCUCCUUUUAUUCAAUAUAAGAUAUAUCUCAACAGGUUAAAUAAAUUUGUAGGAAUUUAUCACCAUGUUUACAAUAUUUGGACUCUGCAGCAAAUAAAGACCAACAAGUCAAGAGGGCAAAUUUCUUCCACAUGUUUUUGUUCUCGAAGAAUUCAUUUGCCAGUAGUAUAAUGAAAACUAAAAGAAAUUAACUUAGGUCAGUGACUUGCUUUUUCCAGUUACAAACUGUCUCCUGGCAGUACCGGUACCUAAAAAUCAGAAUUUUAUUAGGAAAUUUUCACUAGAUCCCAUCAUUACUUGAUGGUAAAUUUCGAUUGACAAAAAAUGUGUAUGUCAGGAAGUUUCUAUAGCAGGUAAGUUUUUCGUCAGGCCCUCACAAAUAAAACUUGACUGCAAUAUUUAUCAAAGAUCGGAUAAAUGUUAAAUCCUAAAAUAAUUUUAGUAAGGAAAGUAAAUUUUGUUCACCAUUUUACCUUGACUGUUUAAUUAAAUUUCUGGUACCUGUAUUGAAACUUUUACCCAAAAUUUUAAACAUAAAACAUAUAUGAUGUCAGUGUUUAAGAAGUUGCCUUUUCAAUUGUGUCUUAUUUUAUUUUACAAAUAUUAUUUUAAAUUCCAAGCUACCUGCUGUUAUGGAGCAGAUAGCCAUUUAAUGGAAGAAUGCUCAGAUGUUCAAAACACUUACUCUUAUGGAGAUAUAUCUUUGGGUUAUUUUACUAAAAAAUAUGAUUGUUUUUGGUAUUGUACUAUGCUUCAAUGAUAAAGCAUGCCACUGUGUGUGAUGAAAAUUAUACAAACUUGGUAUUUGGUGUAGGAUCAUAUUUAAUGAAUUGAUCACUAUGACCUAUAUUUCAUGCAUCACUGACUUUAAACUCAUGUUUAGAACCAUUGAUGUUAGGUCUUAAUAUUAGAAUAUGACAAUGGUUUUCUUGUUACUGUGGCAUUGAAAUUUUAUUUUUACUGUUUAUUUGUUAUCUGCUUUGUUCAGUUUUAUUAUCACUGUGUGAUUUUGUUACAUGUUUUUACUGUCCGCAUUCCUACUUUUCAUAAGAUGUGAGUUGACUCCCCGAAAAAAAUCAAGAGAUACCAAGGGUGGAAGGAAUGCACCAUGCAUAGUUUCUAUGGGGAAAUCAGUACUUUAGGCAUGUGAUGAAAAAUGUAUCAAAAAGCCUUUCAGAAGUUACAUAAAAUUAAGUAAAUAAAGUUUAAAAAAAUUAAAUGUAAAAAAAUAGCUAUUCAAACCAUUUUAAAAUCUCUACUAAGAUGGGAAAUAACUCUUUUGAAACUUUUUAUAUGAAAUGUGAAGUAUGGAAUAAAUUUGUGGGGGGCACAACUAACUUUAAUUUAAUUGUAUUCAGAUAAUUACUCCCAACUUGCAAGGUAUUCACCUUUUUUUUUCCAAUAAAAUUCUGGUUUUUUUGCACUGUUAUAAAAAAAAAUCAAUUCCUUUACUGUUGUUAAAGCAUUAUAUUUUGUGAUUUUUUUUUUUGCCAUUACAACUGACAAAAUAUAAAAAAAAAACAUCAGUAUAAAGUUUUCCUAUUUUUGGUCAGUUUUAACCAAAAAUCAAAGCUUUGUUUUUUGAAUUUUUUUCAUUAUUAGACACUGAUUUUUAAUUGCAUUUUGAACUCUUUUGUGAUAAUUUGAGUGGUGCUAUGUUUUGCUGCUGAAUAUUACAGAAUUUUGUUGACUAUACUAUAUUUAAAGUCACUGUAUAAAAUCCUACACACUUUUGAAAUUUUCAAUAUUAUUUCAUAUUUUAAACUUUAUUGCUAUGAUAAAUGAUUUAUUUUUAUAUUCCACGCUCAAAAUUAGCACAGCCUGAACUGUUAUUCGUUAUAGAAUACCUUUAUCUUCAGUUUUAAAUCUAUAUACCGGUAUAGUCUUUCCCCACAUUAAAAGUUGGAUCAAUAAUGAAUUACAAUGGGAUCACAAUAUCUUUUACAUUCUUCAUUUCACCUGUACCAGAACAAUAACAAAAAUACAGCUACAAUUUACAUUGCUUGUUAUACUGUAUGACUUUAUUUAUAGUGAAGCAAAGUUUCAUUGAAAUUGACUCCAACGGAGUAAAUUAUUGUGUUUUAACACAGGACCACUAAAAAAAUUCGACUCCCAAUUUAGGUGAGUUGGAGAAGAUAGUCAACUGUACUUACAUUCAAAAUUAAUCUAUGUGAAGGAAUAUUCUGUAUCCAAACCAUUAAUCUAAAGUGACCCCAGCUUGAUUCUUACUGGCAAUUAAACAUCCAUCGGGUAUCCACUUCCCAACGUAAAGAAAAUAUAUUAAAUUUGAAAAAAGUAUAGUCUACCAUUAACCAUAUCUCUUAAAAUUUUGCAUUUUAGUUGUUUUGUAAGAUUGAAAGGACUGAAGAUUUAAUAAUAUAUGACAUAUAUUUAGGUUUUCAUAAUACCUAUAGUUUCUUAAUGCACACAGGUUUGAUUUAUUACGAAAAUUGUAUCGCUUACAUUUUAUCAUUUUGUCAUCAAUGAAGACAAUCUAUAUAUAUUGACCCAAAAGGGAGGAUUGUUAUUCUUGCAUUACUGCAGUUCUAUACGCUGGAUGGUAAACUUCUUCAUAUACACAUCACUGAAAAAUACCAUUGAAAGUUCAUUAUCUUAUUUCAGAUUAAAGUUUGGGAUUGCACUUUUUAACAUCUCAUCUAAAUGGUAAAAUUUGAAUAAUUGCCUAUUGUUUUUAGUGAUUGAAAUAUAUUUUAUAAAGCUUGAUUUUAUGUGGCUCAAUAAAAUAUCUGACAACAGACAUUAGUGGCAAUCCAGGAGAACAGUUCAGGUAGUUAAUCAGAUAAAGCAUAAUGAACUUUUUCAAUCAUAUUUUCAAAAGUGGUGUAUCAAGCUGGUUAUCAUCUUUGCAUUGGUGAUUGUUAAAAAAUCAAGAUAUUUGAGUUAGAAGUUUAUUUAAAGGAAUAAUUCAGAUAUCUGUUUUAGAGAUUGUGAUCAAGUUUGUUGAUUUGUCUGUCAGUAAAGAGUUUUUUGUGAAUGAUUCAAUCAAAAUAAAAGUGCUUAAAUGUUAUGGCUUUGGGAGUAAUGCUGGCAGAAAACCGUUUUCAGUUUGUUACUUUUUAAUUCUGAUUUGUGGCAUGCUUGUUUUAUCUUUGUGGUAAGAUUUCAGUAUUGAAUACUGAAACUUAAGUUACAUAAAUACAUUUGUAUUUAUAAGUUAAAAGUUUUUCACUGUUGUGAAGGGUAGAUGUGUAAUCAAAGGAAAGAAUACUUUCAUAACACCUAAUUAAGGUCAAAAUUAUACAAUUUUUAGAUUUUAAUCAAACUUUUUAGAUUUAAUUUUCAAUUUCCUUUUCAUAAGGAGGUCUUCCUUUUUGUCUUUCAUUUGACUUUUUUCUGGUGUCAGUGGAUAAUUAAAGAAAACAGAGUUGAACUAUGUGUCUGUAAAGGGUAAGAUGUACCAGCUGUUGAAGAAGGCAAAAGGGAACAUUAAAAAAAUACAGAAAAUCUAAUAUUUGAAUUCUGGCCUAGAGGUGUCAGUUAGUUUUUAAACAAUUAAAAAAAAAACUAUAUAAUUGUUGAGUUUAUGAUACUUUGUUUUAAUUUUUUUUAAAGCACAUGUGAUAAAAUCAUAUGUAUUGUCAUAAAAUUGUUUAGAGAAGUUUUAUUUAUACAUGUAUAUUAUUUUAAUAAAUUGUUAUGAGUUUGUAAA